CGUGCUCGGAAGCCCUUCCUGGGCCACCUGGGUCCUCUUGACUCAGGGUCCUAACCAAGUUGUGUGGACCAUCCACCCUAGUCUCUAUGUGGCCUUCACCUCUCUCGGAGUCUCUGCCAUGGCACCUAUGGCCCCCUCUCCCCGCCCACUGUGCGUCCUGAGCGCUGGGUAGCUGGCAGGAAUCAGGUCCUAUCUUAGCUUUCUGAGAACGUCAUCUCUAGGGCUUGGGCACUUGUGGGAAGAGCAAAAGUAAUUCUUUUAGUAAUAAUGAGAGUGGCCUCUCGGUGGGCCCUACUCAGAGCUGACACUUGUGGAACGCUUACUUUUGUCGUGCCAAAAACUCCCUUCAUUUCUCUGAUGUUGUGGCCUAUGUUGAAGUAUGGUCUUCCAACGGUACAGAAAAUUAUUCAAAGACAUUUACAAAACAACUUGAGGAUAUGGGGGCAACGGUUUCAAAAACUUUGAACAAGCAAGUGACCCAUGUGAUCUUCAAAGAUGGGUAUCAAAGUACCUGGGACAAAGCCCGUAAGACAGGGGCAAAGCUGGUUUCCGUCCUCUGGGUUGAAAAAUGCAGGAUGGCUGGAGCACAUGUUGAUGAGUCUUUGUUCCCUGCGGUGAAUACUGAUGAAGAAUUACCAAGCCUAAUUAGAAAAAAACACAAAUGUAUGCAGCCCAAAGAUUUUAUUCCUAAAACACCAGAAAAUGACAAAAGACUUCAAAAGAAGUUUGAGAAAAUGGCUGAAGAGCUACAAAGGCAGAAGACAACCCUAGAUGAUGGUGUUCCUGUCCUGCUGUUUGAGUCUCCUCGCUCAUUGGUGUACAGCUCCAUGACUCCCAUUAGAAAUCACAAGAGCACCAUGGAGAAGAGACUGCAAGAGAUGAGGGAGAAAAGAGAAAACCUUUCCCCUACCUCUUCCCAGAUGUUUGAACAGUCUCAACAGAACCCAAAUAUCACUCCGUGUGAAGCAUCUUUGAACAUUGCUCAUGAAUCUUCACGUUCAGAUGAAUCCUUUGCCAGUUGUUCACACUCAUCUUUUGAUGGUCUCCUUGGAAAUCAGGAAAGGAAACUGGGAAGAUCUGUUAAUGAGAUGACCAGGAUGGCAUGCUCUGCCUCACCUGUGUUGAAGAUAAGCAGUUCUUACAGUUCAUUGUCUCCCAACCACCUCUGUCAACCAAGUCCUCAGAAAGCUAAGGACCGUCCUCCAAAGGAGGACAUCAGCUGGCAGAAAGAUGCUGCAGGUGAGAAGGCUGAGCUGGAGAGAGAGCAAGCUGCACAUGUGUCUCAGGGGAUGUCUGAUGAGAAGCUCUGUCUGUCCCCUGCCACCACAGGGAACAUAGAUGCCAUAGAUGAACCCAAAAGUUGUUCAGCCAAGAGAAAAAGGCCAGUAGACUUGGGUUCACCUCCAAAAGGAAAACUCAAGAAGAAGAGGUACAAUAGGAAUUCUGCCUUGUCGAUACAGCUGUUCAAAUCUGACCAUAGACCACAGUUCACCACCAGCCCCAUCCUGGGGACUCCUGAUGUUGGGGCUUCCUCUUAUGAGGACUACUUUUCCCCUGAUAAUCUCAAGGAAAGGAAUUCAGAGGCUCUUCCUCCUGAGGCUCAGGCAUUAUCAAGCCCUUCUCUGUUCCACUGCAGAAGUCUCUCAAAGUGGGAGCGAAGAAGCAUACUGGAAAUGUGUGAUUUUACCUCCAUUGGUGACAAACCCAGAUCCAUCAGCAUUACUGACUCAGUUUCAAGAAGUACUUCUAGUCUUGAGAAACCCGACAAGGAGGAAGUGAGUACAGUUGUGGAAACAUCUGCUAAAGAUAGCCCAGAGCAUUGCAGGCAGCCUGACCCUCAGCUGAGGGAGGACACAGCCCUACAGGGAAGCACCCAUGCUAAUACCCACAACAGCCCUGCUCAUUGCUCCAUGCCCUCGAAAGGGGGUAGUAAGGAAGAAAGAGAACCAGUUGAUGUAAAAGGCUCCCCAAAAGACAAUACCACUCCUCCAGCGUUGGCCUCUUCUGAAGGAGAAGCACACAGCUUCAAUUUUGGAGGGGAUUGUAAUAUAGAAAAAUCUGCAGAAGAAAAGGAGAACAAGUCUACAGGAUACAGUGAAAGUGUUAAAAACGGACCAGUGAAACCUGACACUUCAGGCAGCUCUUGUACAGGCCUUGUCAGACCUCAAGAGAAACCAAAGAAAUGUGGGAAAGGACAAAAGCCAAUGAGAACAUUAGUCAUGACAAGCAUGCCAUCUGAGAAGCAGAGCCUCAUCAUCCAAGUGGUGAACACACUGAAAGGCUUUUCAUUCACACCUGAGGUCUGCGAGUCCACCACCCAUGUGCUGGUGGGGAAGUCUGUCCGCACCCUAAAUGUGCUGAUGGGGAUCGCUCGAGGAUGCUGGAUUCUUUCUUACGAAUGGGUGCUGUGGUCUUUAGAAUUGGGUCACUGGAUUUCUGAGGAACCUUUUGAACUCUCUGAGUCCUUCCCUGCUGCUCCGAUCUGCAGACUUGAACGCCAGUUGUCUACCCAGCGGUACCAAGGAACCCUCUUUGCAAAUCAGCCGAAGAUGUUCAUUGCACCAGCCAGCAGCCCCCCAAGAGCCAAGCUGUGUGAACUGGUCCUCCUGUGUGGUGGCCAAGUCAGCCCAGCCCCUCAGCAAGCCAGCCUCAUCAUUGGUCCCUACUGUGGCAAGAAGGAAGCAAGGAUCCAGUACCUGUCAGAGAAAUGGGUCUUAGAUUCCAUUACCCAACACAAAGUCUGUGACUUUAACAACUACCAGUUGCUACAAUGAGAGACAUCUACCAGUUGCUACAAUGAGAGACAUCUCUGGCUGCUGUCCUCAACAUGCAAGAAAACUAGCCAUGGAGAGAAGGAGUCAUCAUACAACUUAAGGCCUGAUGUCACACAUUACUUCAUGUGCUGUGUUUUUUUAUCUUCACUCUGUGUGUGUGUGUGUGUGUGUGUGUGUGUGUGUGUGUGUGUGAGAGAGAGAGAGAGAGAGAGAGAGAGAGAGAGAGAGAGAGAGAGAGAGAGAGACUAGAGAGACUAGAUUUAAAUCCAGGACUUUUAUCUUCAAAAUUCUUUUAUGUAACUUAUUCAUGACUCAUAUUGUAGUUCAGAGAAGUCUUGGCCGGCACCAGUCCUGGGCUCUGUGUAUAAUACUAAUAAUGACCAUGAUGAAAAGGUCACAGAACCUUUGUCUUCAAGAUACUUUACUCCCAAUUAUAGAAUGGAAAUUGAUUUAAACCAUUUUGAUCCUAAACAAUCAAAUGACCCCCUAACUUUCUUGGCUUGGACUCUGAGAUCUUUAUUAGUGUGCUGUGUCUAGAUAAGGACAAUCAUGCAUUAUUAAGAUAACACGUUUCUGAGAUGCUUCUCGGAGCAAUUAAGGAAGACUAUGUGCAAUGACUAUGUCUGCCUUCUGAAUGGCUACCCCAAGGUUCCCUACAGAAAGUCAGCUGCUGGGGCUGAAUUAUGUCAGGGGUGUCUAACCCAUUGCCUAUGUGUCAUAUUUGUCCAAGGAUAACUAUGAAUGCGGCUAAUACAAAAGUAUAAACCUACUUAAAAGUAUUAUAAGAUUAUGUGUGUUUGUUUGUUGAGGGGUAGCUCAGUUGCUCAGUUCUUCUGAGUGAACUUUGUUAAUGACCACAUUGCAUUGCAACAUAAAAAAGCUGGACAUAUCAGGUUGGUCACUCUUCAUUGUGUUAAUGGGGUGGGGGUGUGUUUCUCUCUGUAUAGCCCAGACUGGCCUGGAACUUGCUGAUCUCCUAUCCACAUCUCAAAUGUUGGGUUAUAGUUAUUGAUACUACAUUCUUAUACUGUUCAAGCAUCUAACAGAGAUACUGAAUCCCAGUAAUCUUGAGGUUGUCAUACAACUGUUCAUUGUGGUUUUCUGCAUUAUGCUUGGUUGCUCGUGUCAGCUGCUGUUUCCAACUCAUUAAGUCUCAACUCCACUUCCAAAACCUUGUCGUUUCAGAGAUAAGCAAUUGAAUCAUACAAUAUGUGAGUUUGUGGCAUUGGCCUUUUUCACCAUGUAAUUCAUGUUCUGAUGAUUCAUUCAUAUCAUGUGUGUCAGUAGACAAUUCCCUUUUGUUGCCAAACAGUAUUCUGUGGCAUGGAUAUUCUACAGCUUCGUUAUUCAUCCCCUGAACAGAGCAAAGGAAUGAAGCCCAGUGGGAAUGGCCCUCUGAAAUUUAAAGCAAUUUGUGGUGUCCUGUUGUACUGGAUGAUCCAGCCAUCCAAGCUCCUUGGAAGGAGUAGAGCAAAUGAGAGUGAGAAAGACCCAUUUAUCAUUGUCCCCCUCUUCUAUAAUUUGAAUAAUUCUGUUUUCCCUCACAUAUCCAUAGCUUGAAGCCAUCACUCCCAAAUGGUAUUAGGAGGCUUUAGAGAAGUGACCAGAUAGAUCAUGAAGCCCUGCAAAGAGAUUUGGGAUAAGCCCUUUGCCUCUUCUACCACAUGAGGAUACACCAGGAAGGCGCCAGAAUCAACAAAAAUGGCUUGCCCAAACCAUACCCUAGCUUCCUCAUGCACCAUGGACUUGGGAGUCUCCCACUUCUGUUGGUUAUUAGGAAAGUGCCAACACCCAGUCUGUACCACACUGGAGCCCUGCAAGGGGGGGGGGUGUUAAGGGUGUUCACUGCAAAGAGUUCAGAUGGAAAUCAAAGCAAGACAGAAGGAAAGCAUGUGUAAGUGUGUCAGUAGACAGGUGUCACAGGCGCACCAUGAUGGUAUUCCCGUGCAGGCACCAGCUUAAAGUCAUCGUCGAGCAAGUUGCUGUCCCCUCUCUCUUUGCAUGUGUGAAACCAUUAACCUGUUUGCUAUUUUGUUGCACACAGCAAGUGGUAAGUCCUUGCUUCCUUAUGUGACCUGAUGCAGACCUGGACAAUUAAAUCCUUGGUCGACUGACUUCAGUCUCCAGUCCUUCACUCAGCCCACACUCCCUGGAGCUCAUGGUUACAAAACACUCACCCUCUAAACGGGUAGUUGAUCUUUGUGGCAACCAGCCCCAACCAGAAGCCAUCUAGGGGCCAUCAUGAGGAGGUUCUCCGGCAUGAUUUCAGGAUUCCUCAAGUUUUUUCUUGACUGAUUUUUCUUGACAGUAAAUGUAGUAAACUGGUUCAAUGACCACUAACCCCUUUGUGCCAUGAUUCUUAAUGUUAAUGAUUGAAUUGGGUAGAUUUUCAAUUUUUUUCUUAACAAUCUUUUGAGAUUCUGCAGUUCAAGUUACUUUCAUGCAUCAGAACAAAUGUAAAAGCCCAAAGAUAAGCAUCUCCUAUGUGUCUGAAUAAAUAGAAAAGUCCCAAGCUGA